ACCAAAAACCCUGCUCUGGGGUUAAGCUUCCAUCUUCUCCCGCACAGGGUCAGAAACUUCUUCCUUUUGAACGGAGAAUCAUGUUCUCUCGCGCUCGCACCGCCAAGAAUCUUCCUUUAACAUUGCAGAAGCUUAAAGUUACACCACAUGGACUCCUUACUCCACCAUUUCAAGCUCCCUUCUUCUCGCACUUUGUUGGGGAUAAACCAGUUCUUGUCAGAGAUUUCAUACAUUCAGCACUGUAUGAUUCAAAACAUGGGUACUUCUCCCAGAGGUCAGCGUCAGUUGGGGUUCUUGACAGGAGCAUAAAGUUCAACCAGCUUGAAGGAAGGAAAGCAUAUAUGAAACACCUGGAUAAGGUCUACAAGCAGAGUGGCAUUUCUUGGUUUACCCCUGUGGAGCUCUUCAAGCCUUGGUAUGCCCAAGGUAUUGCUGAAGCAAUAAUGCGCACUGCAAACCUUUCAGUUCCACUAAAGAUAUAUGAAAUUGGUGGUGGAUCAGGAACAUGUGCAAGAGGCAUAAUGGAUUACAUAAUGUUGAAUGCGCCACCACGAGUUUACAACAAUAUGACCUACACCUCAGUAGAAAUCAGCCCCUCACUGGCUGAGAUACAAAAACAAACUGUCGGGGAAGUUCGUAGUCAUCUAUCCAAGUUUAAAGUUGAAUGGCGUGAUGCUACAGAGCAGAGUGGGUGGGGUGAUGUGGAUCAACAGCCUUGUUGGGUAAUAAUGCUUGAGGUGCUUGAUAAUCUUCCCCAUGAUCUUAUCUAUUCAGAAAGUCAAGUUUCCCCAUGGAUGGAAGUGUGGGUUGAGAAGCAGAUUGAUGGGCAAGCACUCUCAGAACAAUACAGACCUUUAGAAGACCCAUUAAUUAAACGUUGUGUUGAAAUUGUGGAAAUGGAUGAGAAACAUGCCAGCCAAAGCAGUGUUAUUUUAAAGGCUUGGUCUAAAUUCUUUCCAAAACCUCGAAGAUGCUGGCUUCCAACUGGUUGCUUGAAACUGCUGGAGGUGUUGCAUGCAGCAUUACCAAAAAUGUCUUUAAUUGCUGCAGAUUUUAGUUACCUACCUGAUGUGAAGAUACUGGGUGAAAGAGCUCCAUUGGUUUCAACUAAGAAGGAUGGCCACAGCUUAGACUACAGCAGUUACCUGGAUGCAAAGGGUGAUGCUGAUAUAUUUUUCCCUACAGACUUUUGGCUUUUGGAACGCAUUGAUCAUUACUGUUCUGGGUGGCUAAAUCUACGAAAAGAUAAAUUGUCCAAGGAGGGGAAGAAGAGGCGAACUCUUACUCUUGAUACGUCUUCAUUCAUGGAAGAGUUUGGGUUGCCGACCAAGACAAGAACAAAGGAUGGAUACAACCCACUUUUAGAUGACUUCAAGAACACUAAAUUUUAUCUGAGCGUUCCAACACAUAAUACCAAGUAAGCAGUCCACAUUUUUUUUCAAGGAAGCAUCAAGUUUAACGUGGUCUUUGAGAAGUAUUUGAUCACAACAAACAAAUUACAUGCAUUAUUACAAUCAAAUAAAGAUUUUCCAUGGAAUCUGAGACAUGUUCCAAUCUCAGCAUUGCUGGACUUUUUCCUGUUUAGUUGUACCAUUGAAAUUUACGGGACUGAAACGGGAAUCAAUGUGCUUGAUAAGCAUUGAGAGAUGUUAAAGAUACCCAUUUUAUCAUUCUUAUCCUACAGUGUGCAUGGUCUCUCUCUCUCUCUCUCCUUUUUUUAUUUUUUCUUAACCUGGCAAAGGCCAUUCUUCACUCUUCCGGAUCAUUCCGGGUGUAUUUUUACCAGC